UUCUAUUAUGGAACUGUCAAUCUUUCUUUUGAGGUCAUAGUUUCAACGCAUACAUUUAAUAAAGGACUAACUUUAUGUAAAUGAACAAUUUUAUUCGUAUUAAAAAUGAGUCUUGUGGCGUAUGACAGCAGCGAUGAAAGUACAGAAGAUGAAGGGUAUAAUUGCGAAAUGGAUAGUGUAAACAAUGCUACAGAGGAAGCUGUAGUUAAACGAACAAAUGACAAAUUGUGCUUGCCUUCUCCAAAAUACGAUCCACUGAUAACAGAGACUGAAAACAAUAAUGUUGACACAGGCAUCUCAUCGGAAAAAAUUCAUUUCGAUAAAUUACCUAAACCUAAAAGCUCGAUUAACGAACCAGAAAAUAUCGUGGAAGAGGACGAUAUCCCUUUUCCGAAGGAAGAAAUCGAAUUAAAAUCCGAAAAAGCAACCAAAAAAGAUCGUGCACCAGUUAGAAUAACAGUUCCUUCUUUAUCUGAUUUUAAAGAUGUUGAAGAAGAGAAUGAAAAGAAAUCUAACAAAAUUAAAGUGUCAAGUAAAGGUACCAAACUUUUUGCACUUCUACCACCACCAAGAGGAUCUGAAAUAAAGAGUAUUAAUAAUUUAAUACCUAAUGUUAUUAGUAAAACAGUAGCAAAAACAAAUCAAAUGAAACUACAAGCAAAUACAGACACAAAAACUUCAGAGACAAAUAAAGUAACAAAGCCUGAAACAAGAAAAAUUUCUAUAGGAAUAAAUUACGACUCAAACUCUGAGGAUGAAGAUGAUAUAAUCACAAGCAGUGGUACUAGUUGUACUACAGAUUUCUUUGCUCUAGCAGAAACUGAAAGUAUUUCAAAUCCUCCUAUAUUGGAUUCCUUACCUAGCAACUCACAUUUAGAAAAGACAUCAAGUAACUUUGAUACAUCAAUGGAGAAUGAUUCAAACACAGGUGGCAGUACACUUAGUAUAGCUGUAAAUGAAGCCUGUACAAAUGGUUCUCAAAAGACAUUAGUGAGUACUGUCAUGAACUUACCAAAAGAAGAGAUUUUGCUAAAAAACAAAGCAGAAAUUGGUCCAAAAUUACCUGUACCUGAACAAGAAUAUAACAUUGAUACAGAAGGAAAUGUAGCCUUUGAUGAUAAAGCUAUUGAAUAUCUUUGUGGGAGAAGGGGAAUAAAGCGAAAAAAUAAAGAAAUUGGAGAAGCCAAUAUUAUUGAAAUUAAUGGUGAAGAUAUUAAACCAGAUGAACGGGAAUGGUUGGUAAAAGCAUUAACAGAAGAGCCAGUACAGAGACCAGUUUCUAUGCAAGGUGGUGGAGUGAAUUCCCAAUCUAAAAAGAAGCAUCAAAUAACAUACUUAGCACAUCAAGCAAAGGCAAUGGAAAUGGAGUUAAAAAAUCAAUGGGCACAAAACAGAAUGACCCGGAAACAGACACAGUCGAAAUAUGGAUUUUAAAUAAAGAUUUGUACAAAAAUAUAUAUAAAUAUAAUAGUCUUUAUUAUUGUAUAAAAGUGAAAAAAUUUACAAAUGAAACAUAUUGCAAAUGUAAUUAACGAUACUGUUAAUGUCUACUGCUCAUACUAAACUUU